UCCAGCACCUAGUAGACUCUUGUGUAACCUCUGUUUGGAACUCCCUGCUGCCACAUUCUACCUACAGCCACCGUGAAGAACUCUUGCGACCGGCCGGCCAGCCUGCCAAUGACCAUAGCAACCUAUCCGUAGUAGUCCGAAGUGGGAGAUACGAUACAACCAUGUCCGGGUCUAUGCGAGAAUCGAUCAAGGCCCUCAACACCACCUUCUCCGCAGCCACCGGGCUCUAUCCUCUACCCGACGAGCUUCGCGCAACCAUAGAGAGUUUCCUUGGGCGCUAUGGCGACAUCGACGAUCACGAUUCGCAGCGUUUCCACGAAGACCUCCAUGCGCUAUACCUCCGGCAUGUCGCUGGUAGCCCGGAGAAGCAUGGUGCCUUCCUGUCUGCGCUACGCAUGCUACGACCAGCGAUCACGGGAGAGACCCGCUUGACUACGUGGUGGGAUCUAGUGCUGAAACCUACAAUCGAUGGAAUAGGGCAUAAGAGGCACGAAAUCGAAGACGCGAGAGACUUCGUUCAGAGCAUACUGGUAUACGAUGUCGAUGCGGAUCAAGAUGGGGAGCGUGCGCGUCUGUCGAAUGUCUUCACCAAGAAGAUUUUGGAUAUGUACCUUGAGAGGACUAGCAUUCCUUCCUCGCUAGAGGAUACAAUGUCUCCGGGCAACGAGUUUGCGUCGCAUGAGCUCGAAUUAGUCCUGGUGACUUUUGGCCGUAAGAUGCCCAAGGCGCUGCUCCUCGCGCUUGAUGAUCUGUUCGUCCAGAAAGAAUACCGCAUCCAAGCGUUGAACCUGUUGAGCGCUUUCGUUCGGCUUCAGCCACCGCAUCUCCAUCUAGUUCUCGAAACCUCUCUCAUUCAGCACCUAGAGAAAUGCUUGCUCAUCGACACCUCAUCGACUGUAGUCGAGCUGGCCCUUGUUGUCCUCAUUAUGCUUCUACCUCACAUCUGCGGCGCUCUGACCUCCGAUCACCAUCUCCAGAAACUGUUUCUCGUAUAUACUAGGGUCCUUUGCUGGGAUAAACUGGGAAACGUCGAAGAUUCCAGGUCAGUAGACAGUGAUGCACAUUCUACAGGCGAAGAAAGUGGAGACGACGAUGUAAUAGAUGACGAGUCCGAGCACGUUUGGGAACAAGUGCAACAAUCCACGGACUAUCCAGAUUCUUCGCCACCAGCGCUCAUGCAUUACUAUACCUUUCUCUACGGCUUGUUCCCAUUAAACUUUAUGAGCUUUAUUCGGAAACCGAGGAAAUAUCUGAAGUCGCUCAACUUCCCAGGCGCACGCGACUUUGAUCUGGACCAGCAUCUCAUCCACAGCCGGACCGAACCAUAUCGGAGAGUCCAUCUCCUCCAUCCAAAUAUGUUUACUACCACUGUUGAAGAUGAGUUGAGCGAGAAUAGGUGGCUAAAGAGCGAUCCUGCGGAUGUGGUCACAGAGUGCAUGGAUCUUUGUGUAGCGAUAUCGUCGACUCUUCAUAACCCUGGGCCACCACCAAAUAUCAAGCUACCGCCUCUGCCAGAAAGCCCAAACGACUUUACAUUGGACGUAGAUGGCACUAUUGCGAAUGGUUCAAACGAAGGCUGGAGGAAUACACAAUCAACAAUGUACGUACCUUUAGGUGAAGCUCUGGAACUACCGCAAACCUUUGAGACAUUACCGAGACCCAAGUCAGUCAAGUCAGUGAGGUCCAAUCAAUCAGCGGCUUCUCCGUUGCUAAAAGGUCGCGAUAUUAUGGACUCACCGACACUACCACCUAUGAAGGACAAGAAACAAGACCUUCUUGGCGCGCCCGUAGUUGCUCCUCAACGAUUUGUGUCUCAGGAGCCAAGCCUAGAUAGCUUUGUACAGUCAGUAGCCCGAUCGAACUCGCCCGCUCACAACGACUUCCACAACCAAACCAUGGCCUCUCUACAAAGAGAAAUUAUGCUACUUCGGAAUGACCUGAAUUUCGAGCGGUAUCUGAAACUGCAGCAUUUGGCUCAUAUUGGCCAGCUUCAGCGGAAACACAUCAAGGAGGCAACAGCGGACUCGGAGACUCAGAAUCUAAUUAAUACGAACAAGACGUUGAAGGCAAGGCUAGCCAAAGCUAACGAACUAUAUACCCAAUUGAAGAAGGAGACGCUUACCAGCCGAAGCCAGUCGAAGAAGUGGGAGACUGACCUGAACGCUCGAAUUCGAUCGUACAAAGAGAGCGAAAAGAGCUGGCACAGUGAUGAAGGUACUCUACGUUUUGAGUUGCAGAGGACACAGUCGGACUAUGAGCAUCUCAAGAAGAUUGUGGAGAAGGCAGAAGCGGAACAGCUAAAGGCUCAGCAAAGAACACGGGCGCUUGAAUUUGAACUUGAGGAUUAUGGCAACGUUCGACGUGAGCUCGAGGCUGCACAGGAGAAGAUGAUGACGUCUGAAGCUCAGAGAAAGGAACUCCAUACACUCUUGCAGGAGCGCAAUGAAUUACGCAACGACCUCGAGAUUGCCAAUAUGCGGUUAAAUAGUCGAGAGCAAGACCGGGAACGCUCGAUCAAGGCCUACGAACGCCGCAUAAUGGAGCUAGAAACACGGUUGCAGAUGACCGAGAGGAACGUGGGCAAACCAGGCCAACUUCCCUCCUCUGUCCAACAAAUUCUUGACUCGGCACUUGCGGCCAGUAACGCUAAACUGCAAUCGUUGAAGAAGACUCAUUACCGCCUCCUCGAACAAUACACGGAGCUGCAGAUGAAAUACCAUGAUCUUGAGGGCGAGCAACAAGCCGAGUUGGGCCGGCUGUACGCUCAAGAGAAACCCAGUCAAUUUGACUACGGGAACACACGUGUCAGUCGCAAUUCCAGUAUGCGCCAAACAAAUAGCUACAACUCGAGGUAUCUGCCACCUCUUUCCACGGAGAUUUCACCUGGCGAAGAGCGAGAAUACUACCUUUCCCCGGACUCGGUGAGCAGUCCUACCUCGACCGCAUCACCAGCCCGGCCUGUUAGGCUCGAGUCUUUGCAGACUCAGAGGCCCCAAAGAUCUCAGACGACACCCUCACCAUACCCUGGCUUUGGUGGCGCUUUCGGACCUGACUACUCUGCGACGUACGAUGCCUCUCUUAACAACCAAGCUCAGGCGCACAAAUCAGGGAGUGCCCCUCAAUCUAGCGGCAAGAGCACUUAUUCUGUUGACACAGAGGGCAGUGCCGGCAAAGAUAAGAAAGACAAAGUGGAUGCAAAAUCAGAGGUCCGAGUAUACGGUCGUGGUGGCGCUCAGAACAUUGGGAAGAAGGUCAAAGAUAAAGACCAAAAGAAGCCUGUGUCUUCUAAAACAGGAGGCUUUCGAGGAUUGAAAGGUAUCAUGUAGUCAAAGUGCAUAGUAUACAGAUGUGUCAAAUCCAUUCCCGGAGAUCACUUUGACACAUCUCACUCAGCUAUGUUCAUCCCAGAUGACGAGUUACCGCCUUAUUCACCGAAGAAGAAGUCAUAGAUAAUUACAAAUACUGCCAUGACUA